UUUUAUUAUAUAAUCGUAUAAAUUAGAAAAAAAAAAAUCUUUUUCAUCAAAUUUUAAUAGGUUUCACUUAAUGAAGGUCUUAAUAAAACAAUUGAAUAUUUUCGUAAUGAACUUCAUGUUAAACAUCAUAGUGAACGUAAUAUAUUUUUUCCUAAUGAUUUACAUUCCUCGGAUACAAACACAAUCAAUUCCAGAAAUCGUAACGAACUUUAA